AUGAGAGCAGUGCUAGCGCUGGCAGCGGUGGCGACGUUGGCAGGUGCAGACACGUUGACGGUUUCCACCUUCCACUCGUCGCACGAUUCGCAUGGAACACAAAACCACACUUCAACCACGGUGCACACCAGCCGCCCGGUGAUGCAGACAUACACGGUCUCGUUGGACAAGACCACAUUCACCACGGUGUUCAACUACUCGGCCCUCGCCACCGUCGUGCAUAACAAUAUGUCGCAGGGCGGCGACCACAAAAAGGAGGGCAAGCAACACAAUUCCACCAUGGUGUUGGUCAAGCUGCCGGGCACCAACGUGACGGGAACAGACCCGGACAAUGACGGCGACGUGGACUCAUGGUCCGACGACGGCGACGAAGAUUCAGGCUCGUCGCGCAACCUCAAGUACCUAUGGCUCUUCUUCCUGCUGUUGCCUCUGGCCCUCGUAUGCAUCGUCAUCUUUGCGUGUGUCAGGCGCCGCAGGACCAAUGAGCGCCGCCUGCGACGGGCGUCGCUACGCAACCAGGCAUUGCGCCUGGAUCUCGGCUCGCAGAACAUGACUGAGCCAAGUCAGGACAUUUGGUACUCGGCGUUCUCGUUCCGCCACAGACAACGCAACAGACAACCGUCACGGGAGCAAAACGAGGACGAGGACAGAGACGAACCACUGCCGCUCUACGACGGCCACGACUCAUCACCAUCACCAGAGAUGCGUCAGAGCACGCCUCCAGUGUACGAUGAGGUGGUGGGCGACUCCAGCCCCGAUGCCGCACACCGGAGAGAGUCGUUUGAGCUGCCGCGGCAGUCAUACGAGCUGUCACGCCAAAUGACGAAUCCUCGGGUGUCGCGAGAACUUCGGCGGCUUUCAGAACAGCGGCAGAGACCACCAAACCAAAACAAGCAUCCACAACGACUAUCCAAGGGUCCCUCCAUGCACUCGAAAGAGGUGACGGAGGAGGACGAAACGGACAUUGAUUAUGAGCGGGGCUCAGACGAGGACUAUUACAUUGAAGGCGAUAUAGCGCGCCAGAGAGUCUGA